UUAGCCCUUCGCCCAACUCUCAGACUCUUCUUCAAACAUUCAACGCAGAGCAGGUACAGUUACGCAAAGCAAUCGACCAUGUCCGAGGACAAUCAAGAACUCAUCUCCAGUUUACAGUCGCAAGUACGCCAUCUCCAAACCAGAGUUAAGGAAUUAGAAGUUGAUAACGAAAUGCUACAAUCUCGACUCUCUAAUUGUGUCUGUGAAAAGAUAGAAGAGAAGCUUGACGGUUCUGUUCUAGAUACUGCAAGUUCGGUUGAGAAAAAGGGGAAAAUAGACACUGGAGGUUUCAAGACCAGGAAAAAGAAAGUAACUGAGAAAAUGCCAGGGAUUGGAAAUCGUCAUUCCAAGAGAUAUGUUGCACUGAAAGUCAUGUAUUUUGGUCAGAGGUUUUAUGGUUUUGCUUCAGAAGCACAAAUGGAACCAACUGUUGAGUCUGAAAUUUUUAAUGCUCUUGAGAAGACCAGGCUUUUAGUUGCUGACAAGAAGGAAUCACAGUACUCAAGAUGUGGCAGAACAGAUAAGGGGGUUUCCUCUGUUGGGCAAGUGAUUGCUCUAUAUUUACGAUCAAAGCUCAAGGAAAAUAGUACAGACUGCAAAACUUCUGGAGAAACUGUUCAACAAACUGGGGAGAUUGAUUACGUGAGAGUGCUGAAUCGAGCCCUUCCAAAAGAUAUUCGAAUUAUUGGCUGGUGUCCAGUUCCAGUUGAUUUCAGUGCAAGGUUUAGCUGUUUAAGUAGAGAAUAUAAAUACUUUUUUUGGAGUGAAAAUCUAAAUCUCUUGGCAAUGGAGAGUGCAGGAAAGAAAUUUGUAGGGGAACAUGACUUCAGAAACUUCUGUAAGAUGGAUGCACUAAAUGUACACAACUAUAGGCGGCAUGUCACCUCAUUUGAAGUUUCUCCUUGUGAUAUGAGGUAUGGAGACAAUCAACUUUGUGCUAUUAAAAUUCGGGGUACUGCUUUUCUAUGGCACCAGGUCAGGUGCAUGGUUGCCGUCCUGUUAAUGAUUGGCCAAGGUCUUGAAUCCGAUGAGGUGAUAGAUGCAUUACUGGACAUUGAGAGGACUCCAAGGAAACCUCAGUAUAUCAUGGCUCCAGAGAUUCCAUUGGUUCUUCGAUCCUGUGAAUUUGAAAGUCUCAAGUUUACUUGUUCAUUAGAUGCCGCACAAGUUCUACAUAUGCAUUUGCAGAAUGAAUGUCAAAUGUAUCAACUCCAAGCUGCAAUCUAUCAUGAGGCUGUUUUGAGUUGUUUGCCUCUAGAAAACGAUCAGAGCUUAUUGGAAAACAGAACAGUCAAGAAGAAGGCUUCCCAUAUCCCCGUUUUUUCUCGGCCAACUGAGCGUAAGUACUGCCACACCUUAAUCAUCAAUGAGACCCUACUUUUUAUAAUGUAUGUAAUGCUAUAAAUUCGAAUUGCACAUGUGCAUGGUCUAUAAGAAAAUCAGUGUCAAAUUCCUCUUAAUUGACCAAAGAAAUGUUAUUAAGUGCUCUUUGACCUGCAUGAUAAUGAGAUGGUUUAUGGCUCCCCUUUUUUGUGGAGUUGAACUAGAAACAAACAAAUUAUCUUUCUGUGUGAUUUUCAUUAAAUUUUUUGCAUUGUCUGGUCAUGAACAAGCGCAUUGACCAACAAAUUGUUCUGCAAUCAACCAGGUACAAGUAGUUUAAAUGUACCUUGAUUGUCCAUGUCCAUAUCAUAAAAAUCAGAAAUUAUAAUAAUUUUUUUCUUAUUUCUCCAACUUUCGCCAUCACUAGUUUUAACUUUGCCAUUUUGCAAGGUUUUUACCUAACUUCUUAUUUGCUUGAAAUGAUCCCAGCAUCAUAUGAAGAGCGACGUGCCAAAUUUGGCUUGAGAAAAAGUUGAAGAGCUUACUUAGUGAACACUUUGAGUUGAGCUGUUGAAGUAUACUAGUUUUGGUGUACCAAAAACAUCCUGUUUUCCGAACCCUAAUCAUCGAGUGGUUAAGGUAUUUCGUUUAAAUCGAGAGUUUUAGGGUUCAACUCUCGAUAGGUCAUUUAUUUCUAAUAUUUUAUCAUUUUAGAAGUUUCUUGUCUAUCAAAGAUGUAAGUUUGUAACUUGUUGAAAUUGCAAGUAAGGUCGGUCGAUAUUUAGGUGUUAAGAAAAAUGGUCUUGUUUUCUGGACUGUAGAAUCCAUUAGAUAGCUUAUUGUUCAAAUGUCUUGUUUAGCUUCUCUUUACCAAUUUAUUUGACAGGAAUGGUCUCAUUUUAAAUAUAUAAAUGAA